UAAAGCUCCGAGGACCAAGGGGCGCUGGCCACAAGUGUCUCUCAGGACAGGCUACCGGGGAAAAAAUAAACUCUUCUGAAUUAUUAAAGAUUGAGCCCUACUUAUCACAAUGCAUUGCCUGAAAAGUCUGAGGACAGCUAACCCGGGAAUCCUGCAGCUAUUUAAAAAUGCAGGGAUCUCCGCCAGACUCGGAGCUGACAGCAUUGUUUUGUCCAGGACUCAGCAACCUGUUCUCCCCUGCUGGGCUGCAGCAUCACCCCACACUCACAGAGCCUUUCAUCAGCAGCAGAGCCUUGAUGAGGACCAAGGACACGAGAAAAGUAGGUUGAUGUCCAGUAUGGAGGACCUACUUUUCUACACCAUAACUGAUGGCAAAGACAUGAUCUCUAUCUCCGAGUUCAUCUCUGCUUUAAGAAAAACAGGGCUGUUGACUUCUGACCCUCGGCUGCGUGACUGCGUCCGUCAGAUGCGACAAUACACACGUGACAGUUUUGGGCCAGUCAUGAUGGACAAGAAGCUCUUCAAAAGGUGUGUGGGGAACAAUAUCCUGUUGCUAACUAAGGCUUUCAGAAAAAAGUUCAUCAUCCCUGACUUCCAAAAGUUCACUCACCAGAUCAACAGGAUGUAUGAAAGUGCACAGCAGCAGGAGGGAGGACAAGUAGCUGAUUACAUUCCUCAGCUGGCCAAGUUCAGCCCUGAUCUCUGGGGAGUCUCUGUGUGUACAAUCGAUGGACAGAGACACUCGGCAGGCGACACCAAGGUUCCUUUCUGUCUGCAGUCAUGUGUGAAGCCUCUGGAAUAUGCCAUCGCCGUGCACGAGCUCGGCAGCGAACAUGUUCACAACUUUGUGGGCAAAGAGCCCAGUGGAUUCAAGUUCAACAAACUGUCGCUAAAUGAGGAAGAUAAACCACACAACCCCAUGGUGAAUGCUGGCGCUAUCGUCAUCAGUUCUUUAAUUAAGCCUAAUUCAAAUAAGGCUGAGAGGUUUGACUAUGUGAUGGAAUUCUUGAAAAGCAUGACUGGUACAGAAUACGUGGGCUUUAGCAAUGCAACCUUCCAGUCUGAGAGGGAGACCGGUGACAGGAAUUAUGCAAUUGGUUAUUACCUCAAAGAGAAAAAGUGCUUUCCUGAAAAUGCAGACAUGAUUGCAGCCCUGGACUUUUACUUUCAGCUGUGCUCCAUUGAGGUAACCUGUGAGUCAGGAAGUGUCAUGGCUGCCACACUGGCCAAUGGGGGUAUCUGUCCAAUCACAGGCGACCGAGUGCUGAGCGCUGAGGCAGUUCGCAACACCCUGAGUCUCAUGCAUUCUUGUGGCAUGUACGACUUUUCUGGACAGUUUGCUUUCCACGUGGGCCUGCCUGCUAAAUCUGGUGUCUCAGGUGCUGUACUGCUGGUGGUUCCCAACGUCAUGGGGAUGAUGUGUUGGUCCCCACCAUUAGAUCGGCUUGGAAACAGUGUUCGUGGCAUUCACUUCUGCCAGGAUGUUGUCUCUUACUUCAACUUCCACAAUUACGACAACCUGAGGCACUUCACGAAGAAACACGACCCAAGAAGACGAUCAGAUGAUGAUCCAAACAAGUCAGUGAUCAACCUGAUGUUUGCAUCAUACAGUGGAGACCUCUCUGUUCUGAGGAGGUUAGCCCUGUCAGCUGUGGACAUGGAGCGGACGGACUACGACUCCCGCACAGCGCUGCACAUCGCUGCUGCAGAAGGUCAGGUGGAAGCUGUGAUCUUUCUCACUGAAAUAUGUAAAGUAAACCCCUACAUGAAAGACAGAUGGGGAAACACACCCCUGGAUGACGCCAUGCAGUUUGGCCAUGAUGUUAUCGUUUCCGUCCUACAAAAGUACCAGCGAGUGUACACUGACACGAACUCACCAAGCAACACAGAGGAGCAGAAACCUGCGCUGGAUACGAUGAAGAGCAUUGUUUAAACCACAGGGGAUCACGAGGGUUUGUAAAGGAAAUUCAUCUAUUUUAUUACACACCUGAGAGGAAUGAAAGGAUGAUUGAGAGGAGUGAUGAAUGAAUGAGUUCAUCUUAAAUAUGGUAAAAAAUGUUAUAUAUUUAUGUGGGUACCAUACUUUAAAUUGCUGAAGAACCAUGCAUUUCUGCAGACCAAAGAGUUGGUCAAUAAUGUUUUCACAAAGCACUAACAUAAACAAGCAGUGUGUUGCUUGUGUGGAGGAAAAUUCUGUUAAUUUACACCGUGAUUUGGUUCAUGUUGAAUUAUGGAUGAGCUGCAUUGGUGCUAACAUAAAUGCUACUGAUUGAUGUUUUUGAGAUGUAAAUAUCUAAUAUAUAGUGCUUAUUUAUUUCUAACAUGUUGAAAUAUUGUAUAUUCUGCUUCAUUAGUAUGUUAUUUCAUCAGAGAGGAGUUAUGCUUCCUGUGGAAUAAAUAUAAAUAUUCCCAAAGCUGCUUUAUGAAUUAUUCUCCUUUGACAGGCGGUGAUUUCGCUACAUUUGUGUCUUUUAACACUGAAAUUACUGUUACAUAUGCACACUGGUAUCUCGGUUUUGAUCAUAUUCAGGAUAUGGGCUUCGUAAGGAACAUGAAAAACCUGAUUUUGCAUAUUCCUGUACACAUGCUCAUUGCACUUUUCACUUUUCAGAUUGUCACUGUUCAGUUGUGUCUGGAUUUAUUAUUGUCUUGUCUUAUGGCUGCUGUUAUUUACUAUCAGAUGUCACAGCGUUGAGGUUUUUUUGAAUUUAUCAAAACCAGAAUUGUCCAUAUGUCCCAUACGUGUGAACAUAUUUAAGGAAUGCCUGGCAGGAAUUGACCAUUGGUCAGAGUUCACUGCCCGAGCUCUAGAAUUCAUACAAUUUGGAAAAAAUAUUUCAGACAAAUGUCUAAAUUGGAUAAAAUUUAAGUGAAAUGAUGCCUUUUAAAUCCAAAAAGUCAAACAUCAGCUACAUUGUGAUCUCACAGUAUUCUGCAAAAACACUUUUCUGGACAUGAUUCAGCAGCGUAACUUAGGAACAGAAGGGUGAAAAUGUGAGCAUAUUUCAAAUUUGGCCUGAUGCUAAAUUGGUGACACUAAUCUUGGUUGGCCACCUGUGCUGGUUGUGUUUAUCUUCCAGGCUGCCAGGUUGAAUGUGUGUGAAGCAUCUACUUUUUAGAAUCUGCAUUAAUAUCUGCUAUGAAGAUAUCAAUGAUAUCUUCAUUGAUAUCUGAAGCAUUGACUGCUGCCAUCGCUUUAACUUUGUGUCCAUUCAGAAUAAGCGUUCAGUAGCAAGGACCACACCACCAAUUUAAAGCUUGAUUAUUGGAUGCGAAUGCGCUGUUAAAGCGUGGAGAAGGCUUAAUCUGGGAUCAGCAGUGGCUCCCGGUCCGGUAGAUGCCCUGAGAAAAGGAAAAAGGAGGAAGUGGAGGCAGAUGUAACAGGAGAGAAGGUGGGGCACAAGAAGUAAAAUAAAACGAGCAAAUGGGUAGGCCAGAGUGGUAUAUGUAGACAUACAACAGGAAACAGUGACUGAGGUGUGGUCCUGCUCCUCAGCUAAAGAUUUUAUCUCCAUUUUUGGGCUGAUCACGUGAGAGGAUAUUCUCUCAGCUAAUGUAGCAGCUACAUGCAUUAUGAGCCUGUAUAGACACAGAUGGAAAGUACAACUUGACUGGCACAAACUGAAGUGGCAAUUCUGGGUUUGAUUGGAGGUUUUCCUCUUGAGCUCUUUUUACCGGUUGUCAAUGCAAUGUCAAAAAAAACAACCUGUACAUCACAUGCUUGUUAAAUACAGAUUGCAAUUGAUACAAAAAUACAAUUACAAGGUAUGCAAUAAAUGCUGCAAACUAGACACACGUGUUUAAAGGGACACUUUUUUAAAAGAACUGCUUGUUAAUAUGCUGCCUACUGAGAUGACUAUAUUAUAUGUGCAACUAAGUUGUGUUAAAAAUGGAUGUUCUAAUUGAUGCAUUUUAUUCACUGUGCCUUAUUGCAUUUAACUGUCAGUGAAAAUUGCUCAGCACAAUCUCUAUACAAAGCUUUAGUCACUGUAAACAUCAUGCAGCUGUAAAUGAAAGAAAUGUGAAAGCAGUUGCAGUGAAGAUAUUUUAUUAAACAAUAUAAAGUAUGAA